AAUAAACUCAUUUGUAAUCUUACAACAUCUUUGAAUCAUCACUAAUUCAACAUAUGAUGAUUUUCUCAACUCUUUUGGCCAUUUUCGUGACUCUAUGUUUUAAAGUUGCUUAUGAUACAAUCUCAUGUUAUUGGCUUAAUCCAAUACGUAUCAAGAAAAUUAUGGAGAAGCAAGGAGUGUGUGGCCCUAAACCUCGGUUUCUUAUAGGCAACCUUAAUGAAAUCUCCUCCUUUGUUUCCAAAACUACUUCACAAGAUAUGAAAACAAUUAACCAUGACAUUGUUGAUCGUCUUUUGCCUCAUUUUGUUGCUUGGUCCAAGCAAUAUGGAAAGAGAUUCUUAUAUUGGAAUGGAAUUGAGCCUAGGAUGUGCUUAACAGAGGCUGGAUUGAUCAAGGAGUUUCUUUCAAAGUACAGCACCAUAUCUGGAAAAUCAUGGCAGCAACAACAAGGAACCAAGCAUUUUAUUGGAAAAGGCUUGUUGAUGGCAAAUGGUGAAGAUUGGUACCACCAACGUCACCUAGUUUCACCUGCAUUCAUGGGAGAAAGACUUAAGAGCUAUGCUAGUCAUAUGGUGGAAUGCACUAAGGAGAUGCUUGAAUCACUAAAAAAUGCAACAUUGGAGUGUGACAAAAAUGAAGUGGAAAUUGGAGAGUAUUUCACUAAACUAACUGCAGAUAUUAUCUCAAGAACUGAAUUUGGUACAAGCUACAAAAAGGGAAAGCAAAUAUUUUUCCUUCUCACACAGCUCCAAGGUCUUUGUGCUCAAGCUAGUCGCCAACUUUGCCUUCCUGGAAGUAGGUUUUUUCCUAGUACUUAUAAUAGAGAGAUCAAAUCAUUGAAGAUGGAAGUGGAGAGACUCUUGAUGGAGAUAAUACAAAGUAGAAAGGAUUGUGUGGAGAUGGGAAGAAGCAAUUCUUAUGGGAAUGACUUAUUGGGCAUGCUUUUAGAUGAGAUCCAAAAGAGUGGAAGCUUAAACCUACAAUUAGUUAUGGAUGAAUGCAAAACAUUCUUUUUUGCAGGACAUGAAACAACUGCACUCUUACUUACAUGGACAGCAAUGUUACUUGCUAGCAAUCCAAGUUGGCAAGAAAAAGUCAGAAUUGAAGUCAAAGAAAUUUUCAAUCAAGGAAUACCUUCUAUUGAUCAACUCUCCAAACUCAAUCUGUUGCAUAUGGUAAUUAAUGAGUCAAUGAGGCUCUAUCCUCCAGCAACAUUGCUCCCUAGAAUGGCUUUUGAAGACAUUGUUUUAGGUGACCUUUAUAUUCCUAAAGGUUUAUCAAUUUGGAUUCCAGUUUUGGCUAUUCAUCAUAGUGAAGAAUUAUGGGGUAAAGAUGCAAAUGAAUUCAAUCCACAAAGAUUUGCUUCAAAAUCAUUCAUGCCUGGUCGUUUCAUACCAUUUGCUUCUGGUCCAAGAAAUUGUGUUGGACAAUCAUUUGCUAUGAUGGAAGCUAAGAUUAUAUUGGCAAUGUUGAUCUCUAAGUUUAGCUUCACCAUUUCAGAUAAUUAUAAGCAUGCACCAAUCACUGUCCUCACAAUUAAGCCCAAAUAUGGUGUUCAAAUUUGUUUGAAGCCUUUAGAUGCAUAAGAUAUACCAUUAACUUUUUGGAUUAUAAGAGUUAUUUUCAUGCAGGGAAGUUUGCUUAGAAUUUUAUGAUUUUUUGUUUUUUCAAAUUUUGUAGUAAAGAAAUAGAUGAAGCAAUGAUUGUAAGGAUUAGGAUAUAUGCACAUUCAAAAUAUAUUCUAAAUUAUUAAAGAAAACAUAUGGUUUCCUCAAAAAAAAA